AUGGCCACAAGACUCUCUCUAUCCAGUCGUGCUCGACUAAUUCGAUCCCCUCAACUCCUCACGACUCGAUCGCUGGCGACUUCUCGUGUCUCAUUACUUCCCCGGACUCCAACGCACCACACAAUACUUAUACCCUCACCGAAAACCAUCCCACCGAGCUCUUUUGUGCGCCACUAUGCCAAUGGCCGUCCUCACCCUCCCGGUGGUACCCACCGCAUGGACAUGAGUGGAGAGGAAGAGAAGGCAGCGUUGGAAAAAUACGGCGUGGAUUUGACCGCGAAAGCGAAGGCUGGCAAGCUAGAUCCGGUCAUUGGACGAGAUGCGGAAAUUCAUCGAACCAUCCAGGUCUUAUCUAGGCGCACCAAGAACAACCCGGUCCUCAUUGGGCAAGCUGGCACCGGAAAAACAGCUAUACUGGAAGGCUUGGCUCAAAGAAUUGUGCAAGGCGAUGUCCCCGAGAGCAUCAAGAACAAGAAGGUGAUCUCGUUAGACCUCGGCUCCCUCAUUGCUGGUGCCAAGUUCCGCGGAGAUUUUGAAGAACGCCUGAAGUCGGUGCUAAAGGAGGUCGAAGACGCGCAAGGUGGAGUGAUUCUAUUUAUCGAUGAGCUUCACACCUUACUGGGUCUCGGUAAGGCUGAGGGCAGCAUCGAUGCUAGUAAUCUUCUCAAGCCUGCUCUUUCUCGAGGCGAAUUGCAAUGCUGCGGUGCGACCACCUUGAACGAGUAUCGUUUGAUUGAGAAGGACGUUGCGCUGGCUCGACGAUUCCAGCCUAUCCAGGUGGGUGAGCCUUCGGUGGCAUCCACUAUUUCCAUCCUGCGGGGUAUCAAAAACAAAUACGAGGUACACCACGGUGUUCGGAUCACCGACGGAGCUCUCAUUGCGGCCGCGACCUAUAGUAACCGAUAUAUCACCGAUCGGUUUUUACCAGAUAAGGCAAUCGAUUUGGUAGACGAGGCUGCAUCGGCACUCCGUUUGCAACAAGAAUCGAAACCAGACACGAUUCGCGAACUAGAACGUGAUAUCACCACCAUUCAGAUUGAGUUAGAAUCUCUGCGCAAGGAGACUGAUGUCAGCAGUCGCGAACGACGUGAACAAUUACAAGACACAUUAAGAACCAAGCAGGAGGAGGCUCGCAAACUGACAGAAGUGUGGGAAAAGGAGAAAGCAGAAAUUGACUCGAUCAAGAAUACUAAGGAGGAACUAGAGCGUGCACGCUUCGAACUAGAGAAAGCACAACGAGAAGGCGACUACGCACGAGCUGGAGAGCUGCGUUAUUCCUCUAUCCCUGAACUCGAAUCAAAACUUCCGAAAGAGGGUGCGGAUCAAAAGGCAGACACCUUGAUUCAUGACUCUGUCACCCCUGAUGACAUCGGCAACGUGGUUUCUCGAACAACUGGCAUUCCAGUCAAUAAACUCAUGGCUGGGGAAGUUGAGAAACUAAUUCACAUGGAAGAUACUUUGCGACAAUCGGUUCGUGGUCAGGAUGAAGCUCUGUCUGCCGUCGCCAAUGCUGUGCGCAUGCAGAGAGCCGGUCUCAGUGGUGAGAACCGCCCAUUAGCCUCAUUCAUGUUCCUCGGGCCAACUGGUGUGGGGAAGACGGAGCUUUGCAAGAAAAUGGCAGAGUUUCUCUUUUCUACCGAGACUGCGGUUGUCCGUUUUGACAUGAGUGAAUUCCAGGAGAAACAUACGAUUAGCCGUCUCAUUGGUUCUCCUGCCGGUUAUGUUGGCUAUGACGAUGCCGGUCAGCUUACCGAGGCUGUGAGACGCAAACCAUACGCUGUUCUUCUAUUUGAUGAGUUCGAGAAGGCUCAUCGAGAUAUCUCCGCCCUUCUGCUGCAGGUGCUAGAUGAGGGUUUCCUUACAGAUUCUCAGGGUCACAAGGUUGAUUUCAGAAACACACUGAUCGUUUUAACAUCCAACUUGGGGGCUGAUAUUCUUGUCGGCGCCGAUCCCUUACACUCCUACAAGGACACUGGUGCCCCAGAGGUCCCAGCAGAUAUAAAGAAGGCAGUCAUGGAUGUUGUACAGGGCGCUUACCCACCAGAAUUCCUCAACCGAAUGGAUGAAUUCAUCAUCUUCAGACGCCUCUCCCGGGAAGCCUUGCGAGAUAUUGUCGAUAUCCGAAUCAAGGAAUUGCAAGGCCGUCUUGAUAGCCGUCGCAUGACUUUGAAAGUGGAUGACGAAAUCAAGGACUGGCUCUGCGAACGAGGCUAUGAUCCCAAAUUCGGUGCUCGUCCUCUCAAUCGUCUGAUUUCGAAGGAGAUUGGCAACCGUCUCGCUGAUAAGAUCAUCCGUGGUCAAAUCGUCUCUGGACAGACUGCUCGCGUUUCUCUUACUGCAGACAAAUCUUCUCUUGAAGUUUCUGUUGAGCAAAUUGAGGAGGCUGAAGAAAAAGCUUGA